AUGGGCGAAGAGAAACACUACUGGCUUCUGAAGACGGAGCCAGGAGAGUGGUCGUGGGAGGACCAAGCAGCCAAUGGGGGCGUAACCAAGUGGGAUGGCGUCAAAAACAAGCAAGCCCAGAAGAACCUCAAGUCCAUGAAACUCGGUGACCUCUGCUUCUUCUACCACUCUGGCGCCAAGGCCCGCCGCGUAGUUGGCGUGGUCACGGUUGUUCGGGAAUGGUAUUCGGACGGCGGAGACGAUAGCGUGGUUGAUGUGAAGGCGGUUGGGGAGAUGAGGAGGCCGGUGGACUUAAAGGAGAUGAAGGGGGAGAAGGGGCUCAAGGGUUUUGCUCUGUUUAGGCAGCCGAGGCUGUCGGUUGUGCCGGUUCCUGAGGAUGUGUGGAUUAGGGUUUGUGAUUUGGGAGGUGGGUAUCAAGGUGAUGGUAUUGUUUUAGAGAGCCAUGAUAGUGAUGGUGAAUCUGGUGAGGAAGAAGACGAUUGA